AUGGACGAGUCACUCGAUCCAUCGAUAAUUGCCGUAUUGCAGGUGGGAUGCAAGGUUAUUUCGGUCACUCCGCACGGGAAGGGCAGUUGGUCUGCCGGAUAUAAGGUUGAUGUAGAUGUGAACGGUGAAGAAAAGGAGUACUUUGUCAAGUGGCAGAUUCUUUACGGGAAUAACCACCAAGAAAUGGCCCUGGGUGAAUAUGAGAGUCAGAAGGAGCUAGCAAAGUACCUUCCCGAUAACGUCAUUGUGCCUUUGGCGCAUGGGACUCUUGAGAAUGACCCCUCGGCGUCUUUCUAUUUGACGACCUUUCGCAACCUGAGCGAUAGAACCCCCCAACCAGCACAGUUAGUAGAAGUUCUGGAGAAGUUGCACAAUAAUUCUCUCUCUCCAAAUGGCAAAUUCGGUUUCCAUGUAACAACCUUCAACGGAGUGAUGCCUAUUGUCCAUGACUGGUGCGACACGUGGGAAGAAUAUUUUGCCCGCCAACUUCAAUUUGAUAUCAAGUGGGAACAAAGUAUUCGGGGAGCAGAUCCGGAAUUUGAUGCAGUUGCGGACGAGUUCUUUCAGAGGGUCAUCCCUAGACUGCUACGACCCCUCGAGACCGGUGGAAGAAGUAUAAAACCUAGCCUCGUUCAUGGCAACCUCUGGCAUGGUAAUGCGCAGAUUGAUAUGGCCACUCAACAUCUCAUGCUCUUUGACUCUUGUUGCUGUUAUGCACACAACGAGUUCGAUCUGGGCAUGAUGAGGCAGCCGAGAUAUCGAUUUACAGGCGAACAUGCCGAUAGAUACAGGGAGGUGAUACGUCCUUCGGAGCCUGUAGAGGACUUUGACGAUCGAAAUGCGUUAUAUGCCAUGCAUGAUAAUCUUAUUAACUCUGGUCUUCAUGAACAUCGAGCAUUUCUUCGUGGACAGGUUAAGGAGGAAAUGCAAAGGCUUAUCGCAAAACAUCCAAACGGCAUUGACGGGUCAAAUGCUGGUAGCAUGUAUCUCAUCCCUAGGAAACGGAUCGGAUAA